AUGUCCGAGGUUUCAGCAACUUACAGCUCUCCAGAAAUCGAAAAACGGGUUUUUUCGGUGGAUUCCUCGCAAAACCGCUAUAACACCACUAAUGGCAGCACUACAGGUCCCAGCGCUUAUGUCUUACAGGCUGGACAAAUCGACAAAGAUAAGCCAGCAGAACCAAAACGUAGCAAUGAUGGCGAGUUCACUUUUCUGAGCAAAGUAAGAAUGCAAUUGACUGGUCUGCAGGACGAUAUCAACGAGUUUCUCACACACCAAAUGGAGACCGCCAAAAACAAGAAAUUGAAACAAGACGAUGAGUUACGUAUAAAAAGUGAAAUUGACAAGCUUUUAGACGGUGGAGAAGACGAUGAAAGUGAUUCGGACAAGAAGUAA